AUGGGCAAAACACUCGACCAGGUCCUCGCGGACGCCCCGUAUGUGGACCUGAGCGAUCUUCCAAAUUAUCUCUCACCAACUCAAAUUGCUAGCAUUACACUCACCGUAAAGGCAAGCUACGAUGCGCGUCCAGAAGUGUCAGAAUCUCUGCAGAGGUGCGAGGCGCUCUUUUCCGGCAUUGUGGUCUACCGAGAAACUCCGAUAUGGCUUAUGUCACCCCAUCGUGGCCUCUGUUGUCCUGGAAGAUGGGGAGAAACUGAGCAAGAACAACAGGCCAUGGACAUGAUAGCGCCGCCGCUCUGGAGGCUUCACUUUGUAGAUGGUCUCAACGACCUCAUGCUCCACCCAUUCUUCUCUUCACGAGGGAACAGCGCGUUCCUUAGACUGUCACUUCAAUUUGCUGUCGCAUUUGAGUCUCUCGAAAACCCAGUCUGGAGCAUUUCCACGCUAGUAGGGGAAACGGGGGUCAUGUGUCCUGUCCUCCACAUACUGAGCGAGGACAUGAACAGGUCUGUUGGGGACACACGGCCUGUGGGUGGUGCAGGCGGCCGCAUUACAACCCGCACUCCGAUGAGUCUCUAUGAAAGGAUUCGUGGAUUUCAUGACCUAUUCCUACGAUUCGACGGCGUCAUAUCAAUCGAGGCCAGAUUCUUGCUAAGGCUAGGAGAAGAAGUGGAACGCCGAAUGCCCCGACCCAAACGUCUACGUGACCCGCAAGGCAGAGACCCUCGGCACCUGUUCUAUGUAGAGGCCCAGAACCUGGAACACGUCUAUGCAGCGGCAGACAUGGUGAGCGAAAUCCCGCAAAGUAGAGAGGCUACUCGCAGAUCAUGGCUGCAGUUCAACGAACGCAUGAAAGUACCACUGGAUGCUCCUACCCUGGUGGGUAUUUGUCUCCGAGAUGCCUAUCGACACGAGCUUCACCUGCUACAAGCAUUCAGGGAUAAUAUAGUUGGCUCUGGCCAGCAGCCACCUGCCGCCACCGCAGGAGGUAGCUCAGGAGGAUGA